AUGUUGCACCCAAUUCUUGGUGACUUCCACCAUCGACUUCUACGCAUGGCUUGGCGAAGAAACUGCACGACUUGGCGCUUGGCCGCCGUCAGAUGUGCAACUUUUUGUUGCCCAUGUUGGCCUGGCAGCCUGCAAAGCGACAGUCCGCUGCGGAGGGCCAUGCAGUGGCUUUUCUUGGAGGUUUUGACUUUGGAAAGCUUGACUGCUUCACUUAAGAUUUGGCUGGACGUUGAAGCUCAACUGGAGAAGCUGAAGUACAUUGUAGAGAGUUUGAACUCGCAGUGCCUCAGCCUUUUUUUGGGCAUUUGGGCAGGGUUGACUUGUAUAAGAAGAGAUCGUCUCCCAGUGUCCAAUGAGUUUGCCAAAGAUGCAACUUCCCAAUUGCAAAGUCUUUGCGCCUGUGAAUUCACCUUGGAAUUAAAGAGGUGGCUCAAUAGUUUCUGGCUCUUUCAGAAGGAGAAAGCAGGCGGCCGCCACUUGCACCCAUGA